CAGCCAUAGGGCAUUUUACCCUUUCGUCUUCCGCGGCGAGCAGAUGCAGAGCGGAGGGCCAGAUGGCAGGCGGGACGCGGCUUCAGUGUCCGGUCGGAUGGCAGGCGGCGGCGGCGGCGGCCGGCGGCGUAAGGGCCGGCGCCGACGAGGGUAAGAGAGACCACGGAUCGCCGAACGAGGAGCCAAUCGUAAAAACUACUAUCCGAAUCCGGGGGCUAUUUGUAAAAAAUCGGAUCGCGAUUAAUAGUCGCGAUCCGAACCAGGGUGUAUUAUGUAAAUAAUCGGAUCGCAAUUAAUAAUCACGAUCCAAAUUAGAGGUAUUUUGUAAAUGGUAUCCAGAACAGGGUAGUUUUGUAAAAAGAGCUCCGGCUGGUGCAUUCGCACGGCGAGGACGCCGGCAACCUCCGCGAGUCCCCCGCCGCCCCGCCUGAAGCAUCCCGCAGUCCGUAGGCUGCACAUCAGCACCCGUCGUUGGCGGCCGCGGGCCCAAGACGCGCGCGCUCGGCCACGGCAGGGAGCCACCAGGGAUGAAGCCGCCGGCCGCGUCCGUAAUCGCUUCCUCUCCGGCCGGUCGGCUGGCUCCGCGCGGCGCCGCCUCCAACAACGGGCCACGGAUUCCACCUCCUGUAUUGACCAACUACUAUGAGGAUCAUGAAGGUAAUGGUCAUUGUGGUAAAUUCUCUUAAAAUAUCUGACAAUUGCAUUUUCAUAUUGCAGGUUGGACUCGUCAUGAGAAAGGUGCUGCAAUGGAGAAGGGAGUUGAGCAUGUGGUUUCUUUAUGUGAAGACUGAAGCAAUUUUAGGUCAAGUCUUUCCUUAAUUAAAUCAAGACGAGAAACAGGGGGUAAUGAGGAACUGAUGGAACUGGAGAACUGCAGUUGCAGGGAGGAUUUGCAUAGAAGUUCCAUAGAUGCUACUUAUUGGCAAUGAAGGGAGAAGAAAAGUCAAGAUACUGAAGCAUGCUUGGUUUGUGAAGCACUUCCCCUCUGUCACGGCAAGACGAACCCUUAGCAGCAUCCAUUGUAGAGUCCAUCUCCUUGUCGGAUGUGCUUGAUCUUCAUUUUUUUUCUUUGACUAAGCUUCCCACAUAGCUGUAUAUAUGAAUUGUACUAGCUAUGACCUGGUUUGUAACAGCUGUGCAGUAGGUGAUUUGGACUACUUGAGUGGACUGACUUGACCAAUUAACCCCAAAGAUCAGUCAGGAGUAGACUGACUCAUGACUUGAACAAGUAAUAUCUGAGUGUUACUUAUAGACAUCACAUUCCAUUCCAGAGGUGAUUGUUCAUUCUCUCAUCCACCUGCUGUGUUAUCUUCCUGAAGAGAGAAUCCCCAAAUGGACAAUUUUCUUUCUGCGGUCCUGGGUGAGCUGACAACUAGAUCCAUAAGUUUCUUCAUCAGAAAAUGCUCCAAGCUGCAGGAACAUGAUGUGGAGGACCACCUGCACAGGGCCUUGGUCCGAGCACAGGUCAUCCUCGAUGAGGCCAUGGGACGGCAGAUCACAAAUCAAGCUAUGCUCCGGCAACUGGACAUCCUGAGAGGCACCAUGCACCAAGGAUAUUACAUGCUAGAUACUUUCAGGUACCAAUCUCAUGACGAGGAGGAUGCCAAAGAUCAGAUCGUGAGUCGAUCUUUAUAUCUCUCCAAAGUAAAUCCUUUGAAAUAUUUCUGUUCCUCCAAUAGAAACACACAGAUUUUGGAACAACUGCAAAAGGUGCUUGACAAUUUGAGCUCUAUGAUCCUUGACAUGGAAGAGGUGGUCAUUUUCUUUACCAGCUACAGUCGCCUGUACCGCCAGCCUUAUAGCAUGCAUGUCCUGUUGGGCAACUGCAUGUUUGGGCGCCAUAUGGAAGCAGAACUUGCCAUAAAAUUCUUGCUGCACACACAACCUCAGGGUUAUGAAGAAUUGGAGGUCCUGCCAAUCGUCGGUCCUAACAAAGUCGGCAAGAGCACCCUUGUUGCUCAUGUUUGCAAGGAUGAAAGAGUCUAUGGUCAUUUCUCAGAAAUCGUGUUGUUGCAUGACCAUGAUUUUACAGAUGCUGAACUAGCUUUUAGAGAAGGAUGUGCAAUGAAACAUCAAAAUCACAUGUCAAGCUCGAACAAUGACAAGAGAUUGCUAGUUGUUGUUGAGUUAGCUGGGGAUCUCAAUGAUGAUGCAUGGGAUAGGCUGUAUUAUGCUUACAAAUCGUGUCUACCAAGAGGUAGUAAAAUCAUAGUCACAAGCAGGUCUGAGAAGGUUGUAAGGUUUGGAACAGCACAGGCUCUAACUCUGAAGCAUCUCCCCGCAGAGGCAUAUUGGUAUUUCUUCAAGACAAUAACAUUUGGAAGCGUGGAUCCUGAGACACAACCGAGGUUUUUGCAACUGGCCAUGGAAAUAUCCAGGAUGCAGAAUGGUUCCCUCAAUGGCGCAAACAUCAUCUCUUCUUUGCUGCGGGACAACUUUGACAUCCACUUUUGGUGUAAGAUUGCAACCUUCUUGAGAGGGUUCAUCCAGAAGAGUCUCUCAAAAUUUGGUGAGACUCCAUUUGAUCUUCUGUACCAAAAUAAACCUGUAGAGUUUGGAAGAAUGGCUACAUCUUCUGAAAAAUUUUUGGUUUCAUAUCAGUAUGAAUGCUCUUCACAGGAAGAGAUUCCAAAGAUAAGAAUACAAGAUGUGAUGUUUGGAAGCGUUAAGCCUCAUGGAAAAAUUGAUAUCCUACUAUGGAGGGCUCAGAUUCCCCCCUACUAUAGUUAUGUCUAUACUUGCUCUGCUAUUCAAGAGCCAAAGGCUACAGGUGCCAAGAGGAAGCGUUCUAUGAAAAAUGGAGUCACACCGAGAUGAUUUUGUCAUGAUCUGGCUUAUGUAGGAGGAUAUCUGAAUAUGUUUGGUAUGGUGUUACAAGUUACUUCGCAGUCAUGGUAGCAUGUCACAAGUUUCCACAUUGUUCAACUGUACUACUGCAUUGCAACCAAUCCCUGGAGCUGUAUUACUUGAUCUUGCUAUCUUUUUUCCUUAAGACAUCUUUCUAUAUUUUUUUUCCUUAAGACAUCUUGCUAUAUUUUUUUUUCCCUUAAGAGAUCUUGUCAUAACUUUUUUCCUUGAGGCACCUUGCUGUCUUUCAUGUACCUGUACUGUACUAAUGCUGCAAUUUGGUACUUUGAUUGAUGCUAUACUAUGAUGCUUGCUC